UGGUAAGGAUCGGCAGCUGCGCACGAAAUUUUUUUUUUCUGCCAUAAGCAAGUUUCUUCAUCAGCAGACAUCGCGUAUGUUCGCGCAGUUUUUGACGUUUACUUCAUUACACUAAUAUCUGUCAAAAAAAGUUCUCUGCUAAUAAGCAUAUACGGAGUGAUAAGUAUCGGGAAUAUUGGUGAUAUUACUGCCACUAUAUCGCUAUUGAUCCAGGUCCUCGGUCGAUGACAACAGCGGAGAGAACAAAAAUCUAUAGAAGUAAAACCAGGUGACGACGAGAGAGGAUCUGGGGAAACGCUCAGAUUUCUCGACUGGAAAUCUUUAAGACGUCGUUAAAUUCUGUUGAAAAAUAUGCCUGAACUCACCUAAGGUAACGUUAAGUGGCCCUACGGGUACAGUACUUGGUGUCUGCCUAGCGCGCGCCAGUAAAGAUUUUGGCGCGCGCUGCUCGCAAAGUCUGCGAGAGCGCGUCUCGCUAUUGGAAGCGUAAUCAGUCUGUUUCCAACCAAUCCAAGGCGCGCGUGCAAGACACGAUCUACAUCAGCUGCGCUGGUGUCUUGUGUAAUGAUGAAGGGAUUUUACUUACUAGUAUACGCUGUGACGGAUGCAAUUUUAUAAAAGCAUGUGUGAAGAAUCAAUCCGAAUUUUUUUUCCGAUGGAUAUAUAAAUUAUUCCAGGAGUGAUACAUUUUCCCAUGAAUUGUGUGUGUGCGUGUGAAUCCUGAUUAAUUUUUUAAAAUAGUUUUUAAAUAGUCGCUGUGGUUCGCAGCAUUUUAACUCAGUGACCAGAAUGACCGAAAGUGAACGACUAAUUGUAGAGUAUGGCGGAUGAAGCGGUGAGUGAUGCCGCGAUCUCUUCCCCGGAAGUGGCGGCGGACGGCGACAAACGGAUGACAGCGGACAGGGACAACAAAGUCACGAAGUCCCGGCUUAAUUUCGAGGAAGGUGGUGGGGAGGAGGAGGGAGAUGGAUCAGAUUCUGACAGCCCCGAGGAAGAGGAGGACUUGCUGUUCCCGGGUUUUGUGUCAAAGGCUCUCCGAUGUCUGCCUCAAACCAACAAGAUACGCUUCACCUGUCUUAAAAUCAUCACUUGGUCAUGGUUUGAGAGAAUCAGCAUGGCCGUUAUUCUUCUGAACUGUAUCACACUGGGGAUGUACCAGCCCUGCAGCGACCUAGAAUGUGCCACUACGCGCUGCAAGAUCCUGGAGAAGUUUGACCAUUUUAUCUUCGCCUUUUUUGCUGCAGAAAUGGUCAUCAAAAUCAUUGCCAUGGGACUGUAUGGGAAAUAUACCUAUUUGGAUGACUCCUGGAACCGAUUAGAUUGUUUCAUAGUGAUUGCUGGCGUUGCAGAUUAUGUGCUUGUUCACAAAGCGAUCGAGUAUGGUGUGGACAGUGAAAACCUCAGUCUUUCAGCAAUAAGAACCAUUCGAGUUUUACGUCCAUUACGUGCUAUAAAUAGAAUUCCAAGUAUGCGGAUCCUGGUGAUGCUGCUUCUGGAUACACUGCCUAUGUUAUGGAAUGUUCUUCUGUUGUGCUUCUUUGUCUUCUUUAUUUUUGGAAUAAUUGGAGUUCAGCUCUGGGCGGGAGUACUUCGUAACAGGUGCUUCCUCAGCAUCAGUGAAAAUAUCUCAUACUCUUAUGCAAAUCUUAGUCCUUAUUAUAUUCCAAAGAAGUUGGGCUCAUUGCCUCCUGUAGAUUACAUCUGUAGUAAACAUGGCGAGUCGGGGAUGCGUUACUGCUCAGGACUGCCGCGUUAUGAGUAUGAGGGGAUUAAAUGUAAUGCCUCUGCUCGGCCAUUCAGCAAUAACACACCCAGCAAUGACUCCUGUGUAAACUGGAACCAGUACUAUACGAACUGUACAGCAGGAGACAAAAACCCAUUCCAGGGAGGGGUGUCGUUUGACAACAUUGGACUCGCUUGGGUGGCCAUAUUUCAGGUGAUAAGUCUGGAGAGCUGGGUCAACAUAAUGUAUUACGUACAGGACGCCCACUCCUUCUGGGACUGGAUCUACUUUGUAGCUUUAAUUGUGAUUGGAUCAUUUUUCAUGAUAAAUCUGUGUCUGGUAGUCAUAGCAACACAGUUUUCUGAAACAAAGAAGAGAGAGACAGAACGAAUGAUGCAGGAAAGGAAGCGAUUUCAGUCAUCCAGCACCCUGGCCAGUAAUUCCGAGCCUGGGGGAUGUUACGCAGAAAUUCUCAAAUAUUUAGCUCACUUGUGGCGUCGUGCCAAACGAAAAGUCCUCAGAGCUUACUACAAUGCUAGAGGAAAAACCCACAAGAACAGAAAGGUCAAACCUGAACUUUCGCUCCGACGCAAACGUCAGAAAGGUACUUCCUCCUCUUGUUCCCACAAGCGGCCGCAGAGUCGCUCCUCGUGUCCCUCCUGUAGGUACAAUUAUUAUUAUCAGCUCAUCAGUGCUAAUGAAAAUCUCUACGCUUCAUCUGAUGAGCCGCGUCGCAGCAGUGUCAGGAGUCUCCGUAGAAACAGUAGCCCUCUGGCCCCUCGUGCCAGCCCUGAAAUGUCAGACUUGGAGUCCAUCUCCUCUCCCCGGCGAUCUAACUUUCUGACUGUGCCUAAUUCUCUUCACCCUGUCUCCCUUGAUUCCCUGCACUCUCUGUCUAUAAGCAGCACCUCUGAUAACCUCUCAUCUUCACUGCCAAAGUAUCGUGGCUCUUCUAAUCACCUGGCUGCUCCGUCAUCGCAUGCAAGCAUUAGUCGGGCUUCAUCCUUUAAUAGUUCUAGUCGCCGCCAUUUGCCGUCCCUGCCAGAAUCUCUGACCAUGCAUCCAGUGGGCCACACCCCCCACAGCUCAUGUCAUAAGUUAGUGGCCAACUCCCUUCUUCAUGUGGAUAGCAGUAGUCAUGCUAGGAUGCGUCAUGCUAGCACUAGGUCUGAAAUUCCAGAAGACUUGCUAGAAGCCAUUAAUGACAAACAGAUUCAAAAUCUGGUGAACAGUAUAGAGAAACAUGGAGGUGGACCCAGAUGUCAUCAUGUUACACAUGAUGUUCCGGACUCCGAGGACUCGGAUUCCAAAAACUCAGAUGAUGAGCCAAAAUCAACUUGUAAGAAAAACUUCCAGAAAGGAAUGAAGACAUUGGUGGAACACAGUCUCUUCCACAGAGGGAUUCUGACCGCUAUUCUGAUCAACACCCUCAGUAUGGGCAUAGAAUUCCAUAACCAGCCUGAAGAACUAACAGAAGCUCUGGAGUACAGCAAUAUGGUUUUCUCCAUUCUUUUUGCUGUAGAGAUGUUUUUUAAACUUUGUGCUUAUGGAAUUGUGGGCUACAUUCAAGAUGGAUUCAAUGUGUUCGAUGGUUUUAUUGUCAUAUUAAGUAUUGUGGAAUUCACACAACAAGGGGGAGCCAGUGGCCUGUCUGUUUUGAGAACUUUCCGGUUGCUACGGAUACUAAAACUUGUCCGUUUUAUGCCAGCACUUCGCAGACAACUUGUCGUCAUGUUGAGGACUAUGGACAACGUGGCCACUUUCUUUGCGUUAUUAGUUUUAUUUAUUUUCAUAUUCAGUGUUCUGGGCAUGAAUCUGUUUGGUGGCAAAUUUUGUUGGCGUGGCAACGGUACACUCUGCACAUGUUUGGAUGCCCUUGAGCCCGAUAUGGACUGCCAGUGUGAGAGAGCCAAUUUUAACUCUCUGUUAUGGUCAGUGGUUACAGUUUUCCAGGUGCUGACGCAGGAGGACUGGAAUACUGUCCUUUACAAUGGCAUGGAAACAACCUCUUCCUGGGCAUCACUGUACUUCAUCGCCCUUAUGACCUUGGGGAACUAUGUUCUGUUUAACCUCUUGGUUGCCAUAUUGGUGGAGGGAUUUUCAACAGAGGAGGAAGAAAAGAAGAAGAUGAAAUUAGGAAACAAGGAAAGAGAACUCCAGAGCAUUUUAUCAGAAACCAAUAACAAUGAGGAGACAAAUGAAAGCAUUAAACUGAAGACCCUGGAUUUGGUUCAAGGCAAAAUAAACAAUACAGAGCGAGCCAAAAUGUUAGGGGUAGCCUGCCAGACUUCAGCAGCCAAAGACGACAAUGCUAAGAUGUCUCCGCCAUCAACCCAACCGGAUCUGAACCCACCAAUUAUCACACACACAGCGGCCACUCCCAUGCCCACCCCUCAAGGAUCCCCCAAUGACCACGGACCAAAAGAGUGUAAUAAAGUCACUCUGUGUGUCCAUCCCCCGGUGGAAAUGAGUACACUCUCUGUGCGGCCUUCUUCUACCAUUUCCAGUAUUCGGGCCUCCCCUCGUCUUUCACCCCGCCUCUCCCCGCGAAUUUCCCCUCGACCUUCACCUUGCUUAUCACCUUGCCUCCGUAGAUCUCUUAGUUCUGGUAGCCGUAGCAACAGCUGGAAGAGGCGCCGUUCACAGGACGGUGACAGGAAGUGCCUUGUUCCAGAGUGCAGAAUUGACAGCAUGGAUACUGAUGAUGACGACGUGUUUCAACCGAACUGUCCUACACCAACUGUCAAUAGGAGUGACUGCAAUGGCCACCUCCCACUCAAUAACCAGAGAACCUUGAGCCCCCAGAAUUCCAUCAAACGCCCGGUCCCCACCCCCAGGAACUCCUUCAAAAUCCGAAACAACUCCUGCAGCAGCACCCAGAGCAACUGCAAUUCCAUUAUCCUCAGUCGACAAAACUCCUUCAACAGUCGACGCACGCUCAACUCGCUGUCGUCAAUGACUGCAGUGCUCAAGGACGAGGUCAAACAAAACAACUUGACAGAGGGCACCACCUCCCCCACUCAGGUUGAAGUUGGUGUGGGUGGGGGCGAGGAAGAGGAGGAGGAGGAUCCAGAUGCUAUUGACGAGACAAACUGCAGCUGUUCCUGGUUCCCAGAGCCGCGAGGUUGCUUCAAGACCCGGGAGGAAUAUGCCCUGUAUCUGCUCCACCCCAACAACCGCCUGAGAAAGACCUGUCAUCACCUGAUGGCUCAGCGCUGGUUUGACAACACCGUCCUCUUCUUCAUUGCUCUCAACUGCAUUACUCUGGCCAUGGAGCGCCCCAAUAUACCCCCCAGUAGUGUUGAGAGAGAAUUCCUAAAUUACUCCAAUUAUGUCUUCACAUUUGUGUUUACUGUGGAAAUGCUCAUCAAGGUGCUAGCCAAAGGCUUGGUGGUUGGACAACAUGCAUACCUGAAGAGUGGUUGGAAUAUUAUGGAUGGGUUUCUUGUGGCUAUUUCCCUUGUAGACAUUCUUAUCUCCCUCUCCGCUGACAGCAGUCCCAGGAUUUUUGGAAUUUUGCGUGUGUUUCGGCUUCUCCGAACUCUACGACCACUCAGAGUAAUUAGCAGAGCCCCCGGUCUGAAGCUUGUUGUACAAACUCUGUUAUCCUCCCUUCGACCAAUCGGAAACAUUGUUCUUAUUUGCUGCACAUUCUUCAUUAUAUUUGGCAUUCUAGGAGUUCAGCUUUUCAAAGGCACAUUUUACUACUGUAAGGGUCCCAAUGUUCGACAUAUCCGGAACAAGACUCAAUGUCAGACCGACGACAAGAAAAACGUCUGGGUCAACCAGAAGUAUAACUUUGAUGAUCUGGGACAGGCUCUGAUGGCCUUAUUUGUUCUGGCCUCCAAGGAUGGCUGGGUCAGCAUCAUGUACACGGGUCUGGACGCCGUCGGGAUAGAUCAGCAGCCCAUGGAAAACUACAGUGAGUGGCGACUAGUCUACUUCAUCUCGUUCUUACUUUUGGUUGGGUUCUUUGUCCUCAACAUGUUUGUGGGUGUGGUGGUGGAGAAUUUUCACAAAUGUCGACAAGAUCAAGAAAAAGAAGAGCGGGAGCGCCGCACGGCAAAACGCAAACACAAAAUGGAACAGAAAAGAAAGAGUGAGAAUAAAAUGGAGACAGAGUUAAACAGACCACCUUACUGGGCGGAGUACUCUCCCAGUCGACUUAUUGUACACCAAGUUGUUAAUAGCAAGUACUUUGACCUUGCUAUUGCAGGGGUCAUAGGGUUAAAUGUCAUCACCAUGGCAAUGGAAUACUAUAUGAUGCCACCGGAGCUGGAGUUUGCUCUGAAGAUUUUUAACUAUUUCUUUACGAGUGUGUUCAUCAUUGAGGCCACACUGAAGAUUUUAGCACUGGGAUUUAUGAGAUACAUCAAAGACAGGUGGAACCAGUUGGACAUAUUUAUUGUGAUUUUGUCCAUUGUGGGGAUCAUUCUGGAGGAAAUGAAAACUAAUGUCAUUCCUAUCAACCCAACUAUCAUCAGAGUCAUGAGGGUCCUCAGGAUUGCCCGAGUGUUGAAGUUACUGAAAAUGGCCAAGGGAAUUCGUGCUCUCCUAGACACUGUGAUUCAAGCCCUGCCGCAGGUCGGCAACCUAGGGCUUCUAUUUUUCCUUCUCUUCUUCAUCUUCGCUGCCCUCGGAGUUGAGCUGUUUGGGAGACUAGAAUGUUCGGAAGCCCACCCUUGUGAGGGCUUGGGAGAACAUGCCCACUUUAAGGACUUUGGGAUGGCGUUCCUCACACUGUUCAGGGUGGCAACCGGUGACAACUGGAACGGAAUCAUGAAGGACACCUUGCGUGAUGACUGCGACUCCUCGGAGAAGUGUCUGACAAAUUGCUGUGUUAGCACUUUCAUCGCCCCCGUCUUCUUUGUAGUCUUCGUACUGAUGGCCCAGUUUGUCCUUGUCAAUGUGGUUGUGGCUGUCCUCAUGAAACAUCUAGAAGAGACAUAUAAACACAAGGAGAUUGAUGACGAACUUGAGGCUGCUUUCCAGCUGGAGUGUAGUGUAAAUAAUGAGAUGCUACGAUUGGCUGUGAAGGAAUCUCACAGAUUUCUGGAUGAUGAAGGAGGUAAUACGGAGGGAAAUAAAAAUGGUGAGGAUGAGGAAGAGGAUGAGGAUGAUGAAGACGUGGAUGGAAGUACAGCUAAGAAGGAAGAGGAGCAGAUGCUCCCAGCAAUAAUCGGGACCCCAAGGCCAGCAUUUUCCCGAAGACUACGUACUCCUGUGUGUAAACAGAUAUCGUUGCCACCAAGCUUCACCUUCAGACCCCCAAGUAACGAGCCACCAUAUGAAGAUGAUAACGGUCAUUUAGUCCCAGUGGACAUCACUAUCUCUAAUUAUGGCAGUUCUAUGGAGGUUAGUCUGGACAUGUCUGGAUCCAGUCUGGAUGUUCCCCCAUCCCCAUACUCCUCCAGUUACUCGGAUAAUUCCAGUUACGUGGAAAACACAGUUGAUGAAAAUACGCUAGGCAUUCCACGAAUCACAGAGGAACCUCAUCGAAAAUCUACGAGUCCACAGCAAAAACAACGACUUAGAGACAGAAAACUUGUGCGACAGAAAAGUUGUGAAUAUGAAAGUCCCCCUGCCACGGCACUUGUGGAACCCAUACGGACUCCAAACAUAUCUCGAUGCAUGGCGACGAGCUGUGAUAACCCAGUCUCUCAGUCUCAGCCCACGCUAAACAAGAAUUUAUAUGAUGGAGAGGAAGGCUCAAAAGUUAACAAAGCACACAAUCCCAUAAUCAAGUUAAAAUGUUUACAUCGCAGUCAGAGUAGUGGUUCAGAGAAGGUCAGACUAAGAGAGAAACAUGUGGCAGGUGCUCGAGUGCAGCUCAGACCCACCACCCUUCAUGCAUUAGUGAAUGCUUUAUCGAACUACUCACAAGAACAAAAUGCUCUUGCCUUGCCAAAUAUUCAAGUGACACAAAAUUCUCCUGCAGUGUGCAAGAAAAAAUUAGUUCAGCAUCGUAGAUGCGAAGGACAUCAAGGGCAUUUGCCAAACCCCACACUUCCUUGUAGUAAUUCCAGUUCCAAACACAGUCUGACUCAGGCCAAGCGGAGCAGCACAUGUGAAUCUGAUUCCUAUGAUCUCUCUGCGCCUGACUGGGCUGCAGAAGAGGCAGCGUGCGACGAAGAAGUCCGCCGUAUCACAGGCGAUAGUACGGACCACGACGAUGUCGAUGACCUUGAGGAUGUGACAGACAGUUGUCCGCUAGUUACCCACAGCAGCAACAAUCACAUCAGUCAAGAUAAUUCUAGCAACUCUCAAGAGACAUUGGUUGGAGAUCGACCAUCAAGAACUCAGAAAAAAAGUGAUGAGUGUUGUAUACAAUGUGACAGUGUCUCCUCCCCGCGACAGUCCCCCACCCAAGCUCCGCCCGCAGUGCCUUCCCCUGAUCCCAGUGUAGUUGACCAUGAAAAUCCUCCCUCCCCAGACAAUAGAGUGCGCAAAAUCAGUCAGAACAGUGACAGUAAAGAGAGUCAAAACAGUGACACAGAUUUGUCUGGGGGAGAGUGUUCUUACGAACCAGAGGCCCUGGAGCCCAUGCUGGGCAACUCAGGGGAUGUAACUUCCGCCAAUGUUAGCUCGGGUGCACUUCUCAAUGUUCCUGUGAUAAGCUCUGAAGACUCUUGUGUCAGGAGGCGGACUCCAAACUUUCUGCAGCAAGCGGGCGAGUCCUGACGGUCAUAGAGUAAGGGGAACGUGUACAUGAGCCAGUAUAGCCAUGUAAUGACCAGUUGGCAAGAUAACAAUAGAAUUGCUGUGUCAGAAACUAGUUAUGUUCUCCUACAGAGGGCAGCACAUACAGAGGCUUUGUGAUGUUUCUGAUUGGAAGAAUCAAUGUUUUUUGUUUGUCCUGUUUCCUGCAUGGCUUGCCUGUCAAACAGAGCAAAUGUGAGUUAUAUUCCUUUGUAUAUCUUUUAACAGUUUAUACAAUCCAGGUCAUUGUGAAUGAGGAGAAAGCAAUCUAUGAAGUGUAAACAUGUAGUAUGGUUUUGUGUGGAGACUUAUUCAUGCUUUAAGUGAGGCCACAAUUUUUAUUUGUGGAGAACUGUUGUUUAGAAUUAAUAUGGAAAAGCCAAACUCUGUAAGGGUGUAUUCAUCUUUUACCAAUGCAACAUGAUUUAAAUGAUUGGCAAGAGCUUUUUACUGCCAACUUUGUGUUUGAGUGAUAGUGACAUUGCAAACGUUUUCACAUAUCAUUUGGUCUAUUGUAACAUGUUUCAUGGACUCCCAUGUAUUGUUGGCAUGGGAAUUGGACUUCUUGUAGAUCUCGUACCACUCAUUCAGGUUUGUUUCAAUGAGGAGUAUUUAAUCUUUGUUUAUUUCCGACAAAAACUUCAGGAAAAGUUCAGACAGAUUGUUAACUUUGUGAUAUUUUAAUUUUCUGUGCAAUAGGUAUCCAAAUAUUCUAUAGUUUUAUCAUUAAUAAGUGAAUUAACCGAUACAUGAUAUAUUUUCAUUUCAUGGCAUCUUCAGCCAGUUCUGAAAUGUGUGUGAUGAGGUUAAUAAUUAAAUCCCUAUGACAGCGAGUAGUUAUAAACAAUUAAAUCUACAGUGAGUAGGUUUUUGUUUUAAAAUAAAAAUUCUGUAUAGAUAUUGUAUAGUAAAUUAUUUACAAAUGUGCAGUGUUCAUCUGACAAGGAAAUAUAAAUAUUAGAUGAACAUUUAAUUUAUUUUUAAAUGACUUGGGUCAAGUGCAAUAUUUCGAGACUAUUGGAGAUUUAUAAUAACUAUAUUGUGAUAUAUUGUCAACGAAAUUAGAGAGGUUUCCAUGUGUAAGAAGAACAUGAUUUUAUACACAGAUAUUGUGAUCAUGAAUUGUUACCCUUUGAUAAUCAUACCAUGUUUUACAUUUGUGUGUGUCUGAUAUGAUAGUUACUCCGUUUCCAUUGAAGUACACUCGAGAUAUGUUUACUGUGUUGUAACCAUGGAAAUAUUUGUGAGGGAAAACACAUUUUAUUAACUAUGUCUCAAAAGGUGUAGAAAAUUCCAGUGGGAUUUUCGAUAAGCCUUGGGAGUUCAGUUUUAGAUGAACUCUAUUCAGAAUUUCUAUCACAAAAAUGUUUACAAUGUGACCCAAUACCACAACCCCCCCUUCAAUAGAACAAUAAAAUUUUCAAAUCUUUAGAAUCAAAGAGAUUUCUUUUCCUAAGAAUUAUCAUCAGAAAUCACAAAAUUUAAACAAUUUUUCCAUUAAACAAUUAUCAAAAAUCCCAUCCCAAAACAAUAAUCAUCAAAUCACAAAAGUCACCCUCACCAUAUUUCAGAUCAUUGUUUUUGCAGUACACUGUAUCUCAAUUCAGUGAUAUUGAAAUGCAUUAUAUUCAGAAAGUGAUCACAUCCUUAUACUAUUUGAGGUACAAUAUUUGAUUUUUUCAUUGCAAUGGUUGUAUUUAAACAUUUAAUCUUUUUUAUCCAUCUUACUCUACAGCAUCACAAACAAUCGAACCAUUGAUACAGGGAGAUGCUUAAUGUCAUCUUUCCAAGGGAAAAUCAAGUGUCAUGUAUUGAAGUCCCAAGAUAUGUUGCAUUGAAAUUUUACUUCUAUGAGAGGCUUACUGUAAGCCGUGCUGUUGCCAAAAUUUCAUGAUAAUCUUUCUCUUGUUUGCAAGAUACAAUUACUAUCAAAAUUGGCCAUUUCCACGGGACAUAUCACUGAUACCUACGGUACAUGAAUAGAAUUAAUAGUCAGUAAUGUCAUUCAGAAAUUAUAAAUUUCAAAAGAUGCCGUGACUAGAUAGUUAAUAAGUGGUAUAUUAUCAGUAACAUAACAAUGUGGUGCACCUGUGGUGACUGUUUUUAGGAGUGAGAGGCGGUGUCGUGGUAUGAAGCCGUUUUUGUUUGUUUUUUUCACUAGCUCAGGUAGUUAGGUCAUGUGUUGAGUGAGUUGGAGAUUUUAUAAGUCCCAUGUCAGAUUCAUCAUGACUUCUCUUUUGUAAUGUUUUUGUUUUUUCACAUUUUGUGUACAUUUAGACAUUCACAAAUUGAUUAAAAAUAUAAAUAAGU